GCUCAGUCUAAGUUUCUAGGCAAAACUGGCGUGCCUGGGCAUCCCUAUGUUUCCCGCUCUUCAACCAAAACCAAAUCAUCGUCAGUUGUUUGCUUUGCUCGCCUGGAGUGCCUGAGCUACUAAAUUGUACUGUGUAGGGCCUCGUUCACCUUUUGCGAUUCUAUCCAGUUCUAGGGCAGCAGAACCAGGCAUGAAUGACGCCUGACCUGUUGCUUAGGCAGGCAGAGGCGUGGUUCAAUGGUUCCUGUUCCUGUUCCCGUUCCUACUCCUGUUCCUGCUCCUGUCGUUGGUGCGGGAGCGGGUGCGUACUGGCUGUUAUUAGAGGCACUACCUACACUACACUGCUACUACGGAGCACAGUUGACCGCCCUUCUGCGGCUAAUGUCCAUAGCGGAUGAAGAACCACCGUGAUUCUCGAGUUUUCCAAUAAUCGUUCCAUGCUUCUGAUCCGCGGACGACAACGGCGCUAUUCAUCUGCUAAAUGCGUAGUGUACUCGACCAUAACGUUCUAUCAUUCCAGAGAUAAUAAUAACACGGUGACGAAGCAGAUCCAUCACAAAUACCUGUGCCAGUAUAUCAGACUACUCCCGCCGGAAGAAUUAUUUCAGAGGCCUCCGGAGAUUGUCCGAAUAAUGCAGGCACCUAGAUUCAUAGGCACGCAGGGUCAAUACGGUAGCAGCUCCGUCGCAAUCUUAGUGCAGUGGAGCCAGCUCUCCAGCAAGGGUCAUAUCUGUCUAGAGCACUCGAAUU